AUGGCACGAACAAAGCAAACCGCUCGCAAGUCAACUGGUGGAAAAGCUCCCAGAAAGCAAUUGGCAACCAAAGCCGCACGAAAGAGUGCACCCGCUGCCGGAGGUGUCAAAAAGCCACAUCGUUACAGACCAGGAACAGUAGCUCUUCGAGAAAUCAGACGUUACCAAAAAUCCACAGAACUCCUUAUCCGCAAACUUCCUUUCCAACGACUUGUUCGUGAAAUUGCUCAAGACUUUAAGACCGACCUUCGAUUCCAAAGUUCAGCCAUUGGUGCAUUACAAGAAGCAGCUGAAGCAUAUUUGGUCGCCUUAUUUGAAGAUACCAACCUUGCAGCCAUCCAUGCCAAACGUGUUACUAUCCAACCAAAGGAUAUUCAACUUGCCAGGCGUCUUCGCGGGGAGAGAUCUUAA